UCCCCAUUUGUGCCCAUUCUCUCAUUCUCCUUCUCGAAAGACUGUCUGCUGUCAGUCCCGGAUUUCUGCCAUCGACCUCGUCGUUUCACCUUUAAACUUCGCAAUCCGGCCUGUGCCGUACCAGAUCCAGAUUCCCACCCGUCGUUUCGCUCGCUGCCAAACCACUCCUUUCAAUUCCAACUUCACGCUCACGCACCUCGUCAAAACCAACCUCGCUGAGCCCUUUCCGAAUCCGUCGAGACGCCAAUCGCCCGGCUGCUCCUGACUGUUUCCCGGAUCUCGCCCGUAUCUUCACCUCAACAGCAGUUGCUUCAAGUCAUCAACAACGCGCGCGAACAAGCCCCGUCGAGAUUUCAACCAUCAAUCAACACAUCAUCACAGCACAAUGGCGUCCAAGUUCUUGAGAGAGUACAAGCUGGUCGUCGUCGGUGGCGGUGGUGUCGGUAAAUCUUGCUUGACCAUUCAAUUGAUCCAGAGCCAUUUCGUCGACGAGUAUGACCCAACGAUUGAAGAUUCCUACCGCAAGCAGUGCGUUAUUGACGAGGAAGUUGCCCUGCUCGAUGUUCUCGAUACCGCCGGUCAGGAAGAGUACUCCGCCAUGCGCGAGCAGUACAUGAGAACGGGAGAGGGAUUCCUGCUCGUCUACUCCAUCACCUCGCGCCAGAGCUUCGAGGAAAUCACCACAUUUCAGCAGCAGAUUCUGAGAGUCAAGGACAAGGACUACUUCCCCAUGGUCGUCGUCGGCAACAAGUGCGAUUUGGAGGGCGAGAGAGAAGUCACACGACAAGAGGGAGAGGCUCUUGCCAAGUCAUUCGGAUGCAAGUUCAUCGAGACAUCAGCCAAGUCUCGCAUCAACGUCGACAAGGCUUUCUAUGAUAUCGUCCGCGAAAUCCGUCGAUACAACCGAGAGAUGCAGGGCUACUCUACCGGCAGCGGUGGCGCCUCUGGCAUCAACGGACCCCCGAAGCCCAUGGACGUCGAGGGUGGCGAGCAAGAGGCAGGCUGCUGCUCCAAGUGCGUAAUAAUGUGAGCGGUCUUUUUUCGACUUCGACCUGGAGAAAGAGAGCGCGUGCACAAUGGGGGGAGAGAGCGAGAGAGCAAGAGGGAGGGAUGGUGCAGACCAAGCGGCUAGAGAGUCGUGAGAUACCUUGAGCCUUGACUGGGCUGGUGGAUGCCGCUGGUUGAUGCUGAACGCACGGUUUUUUUUCCCCAUCUGGACUUUUGAACAGGUCCAAGCAGGCCCAGCAAAUGUCGUUUGGAGAAAGACAUGCUGACGUGGGGGACCAAUGAUCAAAAUCUUGUUUGUGCUGCAUCGGACGGGGAGUCGGGUUCUGACUUGCUGCACUUUUUGGAACUUGUUCUUUUCAGGGCAACUUCAUGGACAUGGUCAUCGCACACGAUUGUACGUGGCGGGGGACAAGAGAAGAAAGUCCUUUUCACAAGGCUGUCUGGCAGUAUCUUCAUCGUGUGGUGCGGCGGCAGAGAAGAAUGGGUUGCAGACUGGCUGGUCUGUCAGCCAGAGACUGUUGGCCGCAAGACCUUGUGGAGGGUGGACUCGAGAUUCUUUACUACACACACUGGGAGGGCUAUUUGAGACCAAACAUCGGCUUGUCUCUGUCUCUUCUUUAUAUCGGUACUCCUUUUUUUUCUUUUCAUACUGUAAUUUCUUCUUUCUUCUGAGACACCGCAAGGUCUUUCUGAGGUCAGAGUCAGUCGCCAAGUCAUACAGAUUCCCUUUACGUCAGUUCAUCUGAGAUGUGAUAUCCUGCCC